AUGGGUAGCAAAUUACCCAAGAGGGAGCGCGAGGUGGACCAAAGCGAGAAAGUUGACGAAGCCCCGGCGAAGCGGCGCAGAGAAAGCAAUUCGGACAAGGUGAAGCUCUCUAAGCUUUACGCAGACCUGGCAGCCGAAGAAGACGAUGUCCGUCUUGAAGCCGCCAAACAGAUCAUCGUCAAAUUCUCGCCCGAAAACAAGCCACAGCCCAAAGAUGUGGAGGACGCGUUAGUACGCCUGAUCAAAGGUCUUUGCAGUCAGCGCAAAGCAGCCAGGGUCGGAUUCUCGCUCACGCUCACCGAAUUAUUGCGACAACUAUUUGCAGUAAAGCAGGAGUCUAUCGAAGGUUCGCAGCUUAAUGUGGCGGCUGUCAUCAAGAUGGUAGAGGAGAAGACCAAAGCCAAGGGCAACGUGCCAGGAAAGGAAAAACGGGAUCAUACCAUCGGAAAGCUCUUUGGGUUCAAGGCCAUCAUGCAAUCAUCGAUACUGAUCGAACCGGAACUUUCGCUGGAUGCCUGGAACAAGCUCUUGGACAAUGUUUAUCGAAUGGCACGCGACAUUCCCUGGCUCCGGGAAGAAUGCGGCAUGGUCCUCGUCGAAGCAGUGAGGAGCUUGAAAGGUCAAUCGCAGUACCAAAAAUGUGUCGAGGAGAUACUCGAACGCCUCAGCACGUUCAAGCUCGUCUCUACGCCUGAAGGCGUAGCUGUGUGGCUUACCGUCCAAGCAAGUUAUCCAGUAACAUUGCCGGAAAGCGUUUGGCACGACAAGGAUCCUCUGGCAAAGAAGGAACGCUCGCGACUUGCUAAGAUUCUGAAGGAGGACUUCAACAAGAACGAAUCGGAAGAUGGCGAAGAAAAAACCAUCAAGACUGGAACCACGAGCUCGAAUCCGUCUUUCGCCUGGGACUUGGUCUUUGCCGAGAUCUUGCGCAGAGAUGAACACAGUAAGAGUAGUUCCAAGGACAAGAGAGAAUUCCCGCAGUUCUGGAUCGACACGGUAGACAGCAGUCUGUUCUCCUCCUCGGCAUCCCAUGAACGUAAAGCCUGGGGAUUCAAGCUGUUGAGCAGCAUGAUCACACGUGUGCCGGAAUGGGCUGUCUCUGCCUUGUUCAGCCCCAAUCUGAUGCGCACCCUGAUCAACCAAAGCAAGAAAGAAGACCGAUUUCUUCAUUCCGCUGCGUUGGCUGCGUUGAGUGCCGUUCAGCUUAGGGUGGAGCGAGAAGACGGAACAGCACUUCCCAUCUUCGUCGCAUUGACCUCAAAGCACGGUAGCGUCGAGUUUGAUCGGAUCACCAGGACCAAAACGCUGGAGCAGAUUCUCGCGUCUGCAGAUGACAAGAGUUUGAUGAAGAUUAUACGCCAUCUCAAGUCGUUGAUCCUACGUCCUGAAAGCGAGGAACAGACCGUUGCAGACAGCCGUCGCCAGGCCAUUGCAGACCUGCUUCUGAACACGAUCAGGCAGUACAAGCGAUACGAGAAGUUCAACGAGAAGACCUUCAAGAAAGACAUCGCUCACCUACGCGAAGGUGGCGCUGCAGAAGACCGAAAGUCCAAUUGGCUGCGAGAGAUCCUGGAGACACUGGUGGAGUUUGCCUACUUCAUUCCCUCGAAGAAGGCGGAUACGAAGAAAAUGCCUCUUCCACCUGUCAGUGACCGCAGUCGGACGAUAUUUCAAGAGCGGUUAUCAUCCUGUUUGACGAAGUUAUUGGACGUAAAGUUGGGUGCUCGAUCAGAUGUUGCCUUCAUGGUGUUGGACAUGAUAAAAGCCAGGAAUGGCAAGUCUGCAAAACUGGAUCUUGCUUUCAAAGCAGAUGAAUCGGUUCUGAGUACCAUGGAGAAGGCGCUUAGCACCAUUGGCGCUAUCUCUGCGACAGGAUCGAUAGCUGGCAAUGAGAUGGCAGCACAGGGCUUCCUGCUUCUGUACUCUCUGACCCUCUUACAAGCCUACAAUGGCGAGGGCGAUGCCGUCAUGAUGCUCGAUGACCUUGAUGCUUCCUACAAAGCCUUCGAAGCGUCACGAAAGGCGUCAUCGAAGAAGAAGAGCAAGGCUUCAACUUCCGACGGCCAGAAUGCUUUCGUCGAGAUCGUACUCUCUUUCUCAGGAAAUGAACGAACGUUGUUCCGACGAAUCGGUGAAGAAGCUUUCUCUAUAUUCGCAUCCGAGAUCAGUGCCGAAGGGUUGCGCUCACUGACUGAGAUCCUGGAUACCGAAGAGAACCUUGAAGGACAGAAAGAAUUGUUCAAUCAGGGCGAUGAAGACGAGGAGGAGGAAGGCUCAAGCGAUGAGGAUGAAGACGACUCAGACGUUGAGAUGGUUGAUGGGGAAGAAGCAGACAGCGACGAGGCUUCUGAGUCAGGCUCUGAUGAUGACGAUAGCGACGAAAGUGAGGAGGAAGACGCAGAGCUGACUCAGUUCGACAACAUGCUCGCUAUGACCCUCCAGACCUCGAAGCCGACCAUCGACGGAGAGGCGGCAGAAGAGACAUCUGACGAGUCAGACAUGGAUGACGAUCAGAUGAUGGCGCUUGAUCCACAUCUCAGCAAGAUCUUCAAGGAGCGCAGCAAGACAACCAGCAAGAAGAAGGAGCGAACGGACGCAAAGCAGAAUGUCGUACAGUUCAAGUCAAGAGUCCUGGAUCUACUUGCUGUGUAUAUGGAGAAGCAAUACUCCAACGCCCUCACUCUGGAUAUCCUCCUCCCAGUACUCCGUCGCACCCGAGCAAACGCAAACAAGCAGACGGCAGACAAAGCGGCCAAGAUGCUAAAGUCGUUCUUCGACACCCGCACGAAGCGCAAAGCACCUCUCCCGAAGCCAGAGAAUGUCGAGGAUGUAUGGGAGCUGCUGAAGGGUAUUCACGAGGAGGCGAAGCUAGGUAACGGCUCAAAAGUCCAUGCAGAUGCAUGUGGUUCCGCCAGUCUCCAUGUCGUCAAGGUCCUUGUUGGUCUCGACAAAGGAAACUAUGCUGGUGUGGUGGACGUUUAUGCUGAGACGCAGAAGCAGUGGUUUGCGGACAAGAAGUCUCCGCUACAGCCUGUGCUGUUUACUCAGUUCCAGAACUGGUCUGUAAACGCACGUCAGCAGGGGAAAUAA